AUGAAUUCAACAGGAACUAAUGAAGACCUGUCUACAUUCAAUGCAUCCACGACCCCAGUGACUCAGAACAGAAUUGAGUACAACUUCAUCCGAUGCAUCCUGCUCAGUAUAACAACAAUUCUACUUCUGACCCUCAACCCGCUGUGUCUUGUGGUCCUGAGGCAUGUCUGCAGCAUCCAGGAAACAACCAAGAUAUUCCUAAGAUCCAUGACGGUUGCUGAUCUCGGGGUGGGACUCUUCCGGGCUCUCCCAAUGACUGUGUUAGUGAUUUCUGAGACUGAGCAUAUCGGUGAUGCGCUUUGCAAAGUGCUGUCAUUUGUCGACUGCAUCCUAAGCUUCAGUCCCCAGAUGUCACUCCUGCUGCUGACUGUGGAUCGCUACAUUUCAGUGGUGCAUGCGUUGCGCUACCCAUCUCUUGUGAAGUUGCUGAACACCCCGCCAAUGGGAUGUCGGACCAAUGGGACGACAAAACAAUGGAACGUCGGACCAAUGGGAAGUCGGGCCAAUGGUACGCCGGACUAUCGAGACGUAACCAUUACAAAGAAAGAUUAUGACAUUCCAGCAUGGUGA